CUCUCCAAUUAUUUUAAUUCUAAGAUUCCAUCCAGAAUGUUACAAUAUUUUUUACUGAUUUGAAACUCCCUCUUUAAAAUAAUUUGCAACAGUCAAUAGAAAGUAAUGCAAAUCAGCAAAAGAAAAGUGCUUUGAAAAUGGCUGCAUCAAAAAUAACCUCAUCUAUAAACUGAAUCCCAAAAUAAUGCGUUUCGAAUUUUUCAACUCUUAGGGAAUAGGUUAAAACCGAAAACAUUACUUUUGAAAUGUCAUUACUUUUAUUAUUCAAUUAGUAUUACUCUUAAAAUGGCAUUACUGUCUUUCUCUAUAUAUCUUGAUAUUUAUGCCACUAGUUAUAUUCAAAUCCUUAUUGGGUAAAUAGCGUUACUUGUUGUUCAAACCUUUUUCUCUGCUAUAAUCAAUAGGGCUAAUGGGGAUUGAAUAAUGGAGUGUUAAGAGUAAGAAACACUUUGUAACUAUGGGGCUCUAUUGCCCUGAAAUGCACUCAUCUAAUUGGCCAACAAAAUUAAUGGAGUAAAAAUCAAUUUGAUGGUCAUUCAAUCCAAAGUAUUUGAUUUUUUUAAUAAUGAGAUAUUGUCUUGUAGCUAUUAUGUGUUUAAAAGAUAUCCAAUUGUCUUUAUCACGUUCCGGUUUAUUUGCAUCGUGUCUUUGUCGGGACAAGUCAUUUGCGUUUGGAAAGAUACAUGUGGUCCGAAUAUAAAAAUAGUAGAAAGGUUGGCAUAUUUAGCGUUUCAGUGUCUGUUUGUUAGUUUGCUCUAAUAGGGUGGAAAAUAUUGUACACUACUCUUCAAAGGAUUGGUAAACGAAAAUAAGACGUUCAUAGGACAAAGGGUUUGAAAAAUUGUUGCAAUAAUGUAAAAAGUUAUGAUUUAGGAAGAGAGAUGUCCAGAUGAUGAUUGGACAGAUUGGAAAUGAUUUUCAAUAUAUUACUAGUAAGCAGUAAGCAUUACGUGCUAAACACAAAGAGUUGCCCUGGACACAAAGUGAUCGCCCCUAUCUUGUUUUUUACUAAAGAUGGAAAAAUUGAUUAGAUGAAACUAUAAGUAGAAUUACAAUUAUGAGAUCUCGAAAAUGCUUUUAGUUGAAUUUAGCCAUUAAAACAAAGGCACAAAACAAAAGGUAGUACAAAUCGAGGCCAUUGAUAUCCAGUGCAGUGGGUGACCAAACUGGAAUCUGGUGACGUAGCUCAUUUGGCUGAUCUUAAAGACAACGCCACACUCAGACCUGGCAGACGUGGAAGGAGCAAAUAUGAUACCGAGUUUAUGUUUCAAUUUUGCAUUUUUAGUGUUUGGAAAAGCUUGUUUUGCAAGUGGUCUUCAGCAAUCAUUUCGUGGUUUAACAGAGGGUCACGCCUACUUCGAAACAAAAAUAGGAGUGAAACUUGUCGAACAUAAGAUUGUUACAGAACACGCGCGUACGAAACAAAGGUGCGCCAUAGCUUGCCUCCGUUAUGUAAAUUGUCUUUCGUUCAACUUCGACUCUGUGAACCACGUAUGUGAGCUUUCGGACAGCAAUGGGAAUAUCUCUCCAGGGGAGAUAACAAGUACUCCCGGAGGAGGAUGGUCUUAUUCCCACAUAUAUGGAGAUGUUGAUGACGAUACAACUACUACUGAAACUCCAGUUAUAACUACUGAAUCAACAACAGAGGCAACGACAAUCAAAACUGAUUGUACGUCUUAUGAACGCCAUCCAAAUCACGCCAUGGCAUCUCCUGGUAGACAAUUUGAUUUCUACGGUAUAGCCACUGAGGACAGUUGUUUUCAGUUGUGUUUGGAUGAAACGGGGUUCCGCUGUAUAGCAAGUAAUUAUGAAUUUGGGAAUAACUACUGCCAGAUUGUAGGCUAUGAUGUAAUUGCACAAAAUAAUUACGAUUCACAUUCACAAAGAAUAUGCGGAAGUGGUCCAGGAUGUUUUGUUGUUCAAAACGACCGAGGAUCGCCGUCCGCAAGUAAUCAGUAUCGAGCACUUGGUGGGUCGUAUUUCAACACAUACCAACAAGCCGCAGAAUAUUGUCAGGGAUUGUGUGUUUCCGAAGAAUGGUGUUUAGUGUCUGAUGUGCGAUCCAAUGCAUGCUAUUUGUUCAUGUCGAGUCCACAGUCUAAUAGCAUUAAGCAUGUCCGUGUAAGAAAAUGCUGGUAGGAUGGGAUGGAGACUUAAGGAAAGACGAAUUGCACAGCACUAAAUGUUCUUGUUUAAAGUGAUCGAGGCCAGUUUCAGAUCCUCUUUACAUAUUGAAGGAAAGGAAGGGGACUCCACCGAAUACUAUAAUUAUUAUUAUGUUGCUUUUAGUUAAAGCUCAUUUUCCAAGUAGUUUUCCAACGGGUACUUUGAAAAUCCGUGCGUACACGUAUGAGACCUGCAGGUGGUGUAUGCACUGUACCGGUAAACGUGCGGGAUAGAUAGAUACGAUAAGAAAUGUAAAGUUAAUAGUAUAUCCUUAAACCUGUAGAAAGUAUGUCAUUCUUUUCAUCCUUGUUUGUUCAACUACCAAAUGGUUAUGUUCUGUACAAAAACACAAUCUUUCUAUAAAUAUAAUUUAUUUCUGAACGUUUAUUUUCUCACUGGCUGACAUUUUAAUUAUUUAAAUCCUUUAAUGGGUCUGAAGUAGGACUUCAAAUAACUUUUUAGCCAACUCUAUAUGAAAGUGGCAAGCCCAAAUGAGAGAAGACACUUAACUCUGCCCACCUCCAAGGAAGGAAUUCACCAUAUAAAUUCUUAAUUUAUCUCAUAUAUGCAGAUAUGUCCACUUUUAUUUCCUAAGUUCUAUGGGUAAUUUUAUCAAGAGACAUGUAGACACAUAAACUUUUAUAAUGUCUGGUUUAUUCAACUCAAUGUUUCCUUGGCACUAUAGUACAUGUAAGUAUUAUCAUGAUACGAGUACAUAUAUAUAUAUAUAGCAAAUCUAUAGAACACUAAUUUGGCGAAUUACACUUUAACGUCAU